CAGUCAAGCACCUGAUAAUUUUUGCAAAAGAAAACUGACCAGAAUUGCAGAUAUCCUCCAGUAUAUGUAAGGUGUAUUAUGGGCGUACACGUACUUUCGGGAGCGGACCGAGCAUGUCGCAGAUUGCCUUUUCCUUCUCGUUUAUCAUCCGUACACAGCGUUGGGCUACCCACCUUAUUUGACCUCUCAGCCAAUCCUACGCCUUCACAUCCGUGUCCAUAAGCCAUCUCUUCGUUUCUCUACAGGCAAGUAUUUGUGCCAGUACCCAUGGCCCCCUUUUGCCCAGCUUUUGUCUGCAUCAUAUGCAGAUCGAGGGGCAACGAUCCGUGGGAGAAGACACGGUACAGUGGUGUACCCUCCCGUUCAUCUAGACCGUCUUUUGCUUAGUGUUGCAACCCCUGGGAUACAGCCAAGCCACUGCGAAGCUGGCCUGGUUCGUGGUUGGGCCCUGCAUGACAUUUCUCCAUGUCCUCUUCAUGACGGCUUUGCAUUCUGGCUAGCCGUUCUGGGAUCAGAGACCGGCGGGAGACAGUCACUUGGAAGAUCUAAUUAAAAGCCAGUCGUGCCCGUGAACACAACUACAUCGCGACGCCGUUGCUGUUCUUCAAACACUUCAGUUCGACUUCAUGGUGCGCAAGUGAUCGAGAUGGCCGAAACAACCAAUCCCCGGGCCGAGCUCCCGGUCGAUGUGUUCAGCAUCAUUGAGCGCACCUGCUCCGUCUUUUCCCUCCUCGGCUCAGUCCUUGUGAUUGGCACCUUUUGCGCCUCCAAAGCGUUCCAUAAACCCAUCAACCGUCUAGUAUUCUAUGCCUCGUUUGGCAAUCUCAUGACCAAUGCUGCCACGUUGAUGGCUCGGUCCUUCAUCGCGAAUCCAAGAUCGGCUGGCUGCCAAUUCCAGGGAUUUCUCAUUCAAAUGUUCAUGCCCGCUGAUACAUUUUGGACAUUGGCCAUGGCGGUCAAUGUGUAUUUGACCUUUUAUUUCAAGUUUGAUGGAGCUCGGUUACGAAAGAUGGAAAUCCCCUAUCUUCUCUGCUGCUAUGGGAUUCCCUUCAUCGUCGCCCUCACCUUCAUCUUCAUUGAGACCCCGGAAAAAGGCAAGAUGUAUGGGAACGCAACGCUGUGGUGCUGGGUGAGCCCUAGGUGGGACAUCUUCCGCAUUGCGACGUUCUAUGGACCGAUCUGGAUUGUUAUUCUCAUCACCUUUUUCAUUUACAUCCGCGCUGGCCGCGAAAUCUACAAGAAACACAAGCAACUCCGUAACUUUAGCACCAGUCACCACGACCACGAACCGAUCACAGAGGACCCCUUCAGCUCGGUCAAGACCACCGAGGUUUCGGUUACCUCUGAAGUCAUUGACAAAAGUCUUGCAACCUUGGGCAUCGUACAAAGCGGAAACGAACAACCGAAAGCACCGAAUGCUGCCUACUCAGUUCACAUAUCAUCUAACAAGCGAGCUCCCGAGCGGGACUCUUACGGCGAUAUACCGCCGACUACACAAACCAACAUCACAAUCGAUCCUCCGACACGCAACGCCACCGCUGGGGCUAACCCACUCCGCCGUCGAGCUGCCUAUGAAGCCAACAAUGCGACCUGGUCCUACACAAAGUGCUCCAUCCUAUUUUUCACCGCCAUGCUUGUUACAUGGAUUCCUUCUAGCGCCAACCGCGUAUAUUCUGUCGUCCAUAGGGAGCAAGCGUCGCUUCCACUUGAAUACAUGUCCGCCUUUGUGCUUCCUCUCCAAGGUUUUUGGAACGCCAUCAUCUACGUCGUCACAUCGUGGAGAGCGUGUCAACUGCUGUGGGAGGAUACCAAGGCCUGGUUUGGACACAAGGAUCAGCAUUCCCACGGCGAUGGUUCCUUCCAGAUGAUAAGCAGCGGACGGAACGCAUUCAAGAACAGCGACAAGACGUACGAGACAGAAAGCAUGACGGAGUUGGCGGGGUCAGCAUCACACGCCGAGGAUCGGUCUCCCAUUGAGCCACCUUCAAAUACGCUGGGUCGAGAUUGA